AUGUCUCGCGCGAGCGCCAUACACGAACGAACGAACGAACCCACUCAUAACCCCUUCACCGCGGCACUGCACUCCCACGCGGCGGGCGCCAGUCCAGAGGCAAGCCCGGGCUCGAGGAGGACGGAGGAAAGUUGCGCCAUCCCUCCUGGACGAAUCCUGUCGCGGGCCGCGCAAAGCACGGUAGGUGACGAUAAUGAUAAGGGAAAACCUCCCCCCUCCCCCUUCCCCUCCGCUCGGCGCUGA